AUGCCAGACGAUCUGAUUCGGCGGCACUUUCACCUGAAGAAAGAAACUGUGCGGUGGUUGUGCGACGAAGUGGCGGAGAAACUCGGAGGCGUGAGAACAACAGCGCUGUCGGUGGAGCGACAAGUGUUGUGCUCGUCGCGAUUCUUCGCAACGGGCAGCUUCCAAGCCUCGGUAGCGAGCGAGGCGACGAUCGGCGUGACCCAGCCUGCGGUCAGCAAGUGUGUGCGACGCGUGGCGGAGGCAAUCGUCCACGCCGGGGCCCGCAACAAGUGGGUACAUUUCCCGAGACUGUCGGAGGAGAAGGCGGCCGUGAAGGAAGGGUUCCUUCGAAGCGGCUCCGUUCCCGGCGUCAUCGGAUGCGUGGACGGGAGCCUUACAGCCAUCAUCGCACCGAGAGGCGAGCAGAAGGCGGCAUUCAUGUGCCGCAAAGGCUACUACGCCCUCCACACAAUGUUCAUCUGCGACGCAGGCAUGCGGAUCCUCGCCAUCGACGCUCUGCAACCGGGGUCAGACCCCAACGCCCACGUCUGGAAAACUACGUGGUUGCGUCGUCGGUUCCAGGAGGGGCAUAUUGCCAAGGCCGGCGAACAACUCCUCGGUGACAGCGACUACCCCCUGGAACCAUGGCUCCUGACCCCAGUCACAGACCACCCUCCCAUACACACUGCAGAAGGCAGGUGCAACACUGCACACGUUGCCGUGCGGUCCGUAGUGGAGCGAUACAUUGGGCUUCUGAAAAGCCGCUUCCGCUGCCUUCAGCGGUACCGCGCCCUCCACUACGAACCAGACCGAGCUGCCAACAUCGUUGCAGCAUGUGCAGUGUUGCACAACUUGUGUCUUGACGAAGGUGACGUGUUGGAUGAUGUCAGUGAUGACAGCAGCAACAGCAGUAGUGACGAUGAAAAUGGCAACCCCUCCCCACAGAGAGUUCCCUGCGUGAAGGCAGCACGCAUGAUGCACCAUUUGGGAGUCAUGCUGGACAGUAUAAAUGUAUCCCAUGUUCAAAUGUAA